ACAAGCAAAAGGGUGGAAGAGCGAUGGUUCAAAUGUACUGAAGACAAAAACAGUAUAGGAAAUCAUUUACAUGUACGAAGACUGGAUGAAAUAAGCGGUCAAUUGUGUACCUUUUUAAAAAUAAAACAUUACUGCUAACUUCAGUAAUAACUGAUUAUUUGUGUCUACAUUAUAUAAUUUUGACCCUACACAUCAUGUGCGACCAUACCAAAAACAGACUUCAUAAAGGAAUGAAGAAAGGGAGGGAGUGAGGGAGUGUGCCUUGCACAAAGAGGAGAGGGAAGGAAGGAGAGAGAGAGAGAGAGAGAGAGAGAGAGAGAGAGAGAGAGAGAGAGAAAGAGAGAGAAAGAGAGGUGUGUCGUAAAUCAUCAGUUGCGAAAUGGGAAAGUUGUAAUCAGAAUUGCUUUGUUUUUUACGCUGCUACAAGCCUGCAGCAUCCUUCGUUGACCAGAAAGCGUAAAGGGCUGCUGUUUGUCCAGAAGUGCGGUCAGGAUGGAGUGGAAUGAGGUGGAUUUGGUGCAGGAAUUUACCGUUGAAGGGCAAUGCAGCAAAAUUAAAGUCCGCUCCUGCAGGAUCACAUGGGACAGCCUGCAGGUUCCCCGUGUGGAGCUAACCCUCUCUGAGCUGCAGGAAAUGGCCACAAGACAACAGCAACAAAUAGACGCUCACCAACAGAUGUUGGUUGCUAAGGAGCAAAGACUGAAGUAUCUUCAACAGGAAAGCAGAUCCAACCAUGGACAAACACAGUCUGAAGCUGAGAAACUGCAGCGGUUGAAGGAGCGAGUGGAGUCUCAGGAGGCAAAACUGAAGAAGAUUCGAGCCAUGAGAGGUCAAGUGGACUAUAGUAAACUGAUCAAUGGGAACCUCUCGGCAGAGAUUGAGCAUGUUAGCAGCUUGUUUCAGGAGAAGCAGGCUGAGCUGCAGUCUGCUGUGACUCGGGUUGACCAGCUGACCCAACAACUGGAGGAUCUGAGGAAAGGACGCCUUCAGCUGCAUUCCGUUGCAUCCCCGCAGGGGGCACCCAACCGACCCCAAGGUAGACACACUGGAAUGAAAGCAUCCCCACUCUCUAGCCCUGCUGCCUUAGAAUUGAGGAAAUUCUACCAAGAGCUGCAGGCUCGCAACCGUCACAACUUGGAACAGAGUAGCAAGUUAGCACACAACAAGGAGCUGUUGAACAAGAGGAAUGCUCAAGUGACGGUGAUGGAUCAACGUAUUGGAGACCUGAGGGAGCGACUGCAGAAGAAACGAGCAGAAUUGAGUCGAAUAAAUGGAGGAGGCCCGCAUUCUCCUCAAAGCUCCACUCGUCCGAGUGGUGGAGUCUCAGGCCGAGUGGCUGCCGUCUGCCCUUACAUCCAAGCUCCACCUGAAGGGGGACAGAAGGCGGGGUACCACCUGUCACCUGACACAUCCCCCAAACCCUCACAACUCAGUCACAUGCGCUCCCUUUCAGACGAGGACAAGAGUGGCAUCAGCAAGUCUCCCAAGCAAUGGAAAGUGUCUGAUUUAGACAUCACCCUGUCAGAGCCAAAUGACUUACGCCCUAAGUCUCCUCAUGGGGACCAGAGUAACAACACCAGUGAAGCAUCGGGGCCAAUGAUUGGUAAAAAUGGGUCGAAUUGGAGGACCUACAGUGCAGAACAGCAUCUUCCUUCUGGUUAUGGCACUUACCCCAGCACCAGCCACCAAGUAGCAGGGAAUCACUGCUCCACCAGCUCCCUGCCCCGAUCUGCUCCUGGCACAUUGGGAUGGCCCCGAUCGAGCCCUGUGAACGCCACGUCAUCUUCCUCAACCUCUUCCUCCUCCUCUUCACAGCAAAUUCAACAACGUAUUGCUGUCCCUCCAACUUCAAACCAAGGCUCGAACACUGGCUCCCAGCCUUUGUCCUUGCCACCUCAGAGCGAACGAACAGAUCCACCUCCAGCAGUGGCUGUACGUCCUUACGUCCCUGACCAUCCAUCCAGGCCGCAGUCUCCAAGAAAGGGCCCUGCGACAAUGAACAGCAGCUCCAUCUACAGCAUGUAUCUUCAGCAGCCUCAGGCUAAGAAUUAUGGCUCACUCAGCAACAGGACCGCUGUUAAAGCAGUCUAUGGGAAACCCAUCCUGCCGACCUCCUCCACAUCUCCAUCCCCUCUUCCUUUUCUCCACGGCGGAACAAGAACAGAAGACGCUACAGACAAGGAAGGAGUAAGGGGAGUUGGAGGAGAACCCAUCGAUGGGUCAAAUUUACCGCCUCCGAGUGUGGACAACAUUCCUCGUCCUCUCAGUCCUACUAAGCUCACUCCAGUUGCCCACUCUCAACUACGCUAUCAAAACGAUGCUGACCUGGAAGUCCUUCGCCGACGUCUCAGCAAUGCCCCACGGCCUCUGAAGAAGCGGGGUUCGAUUACUGAACCUGAGGGCCCACAGGGGCCAAACAUUCAAAAGCUACUCUACCAGAGGUUUAACACUUUGGCUGGAGGCAUGGAAGGGGUUUCAGGCAGUACUUUCUACCAGCCUGAUUGUCUUUUGAGUGACAUGGACAACAUCCAAUCUGCCAAGGGGAAUGUCGAACCAUGUGAAAAGCAUGCCAGCUUGACAACAGAGGACGCAGAAGUUCAAAAUUUGAACUUGGACUGUCGCCACUUAUCACCGGGGGCCAUUGAAACGGCCACCACGGGAGAAGUGAGAGAGAAUGGGUCACCACAAACGAACCUUGCCUCAACACCUGUGAAGUCUGAAGAUCAGAAUAAUAAUCAAAGCAGUUCGAGUUCGGCCCACAGCGUGACAAGUCAGGCCUCCACUUCACCAUCACCGCCUACCCCACCUUCAAAGCCGAAGGUGAAGCGAACCAACUUGAAAAAGCCUUCAUCAGAGCGCACGGGACAUGGGCUGAGAGUCAAGUUUAACCCUCUAGCUCUGCUGCUUGAUGCAUCGUUAGAAGGAGAGUUUGAUCUGGUGCAGAGAAUUAUAUAUGAGGUGGAAAAUCCCAGUUUGCCAAAUGAUGAAGGCAUCACUCCUCUCCACAAUGCUGUUUGUGCUGGCCACCACCACAUUGUCAAGUUUCUGCUGGACUUUGGAGUGAAUGUGAAUGCAGCAGAUAGUGAUGGAUGGACGCCUCUACACUGUGCCGCUUCUUGUAACAGUGUCCAUCUCUGUAAAAUGCUGGUCGAAUCAGGGGCAGCCAUUUUUGCCCAAACCAUCAGUGAUGUUGAAACAGCGGCAGACAAAUGUGAAGAAAUGGAGGAAGGUUACACACAGUGUUCUCAAUUCCUUUAUGGUGUUCAGGAAAAGUUGGGCGUGAUGAACAAAGGCUUGGUCUACGCGCUCUGGGACUACACAGCCCAGCAAGCUGAUGAGCUAACCAUCAGUGAGGGGGACUCGCUCGUCAUACUGCGACGGCGUGACGACACCGAGACGGAUUGGUGGUGGGCUCGACUCAAUGACCGUGAAGGAUAUGUUCCCAGAAACUUGCUCGGGCUAUAUCCAAGGAUCAAACCCAGACAACGUUCCCUGGCCUGAAGCUCAGAUCAACAUCCUUGUGCACAUUCAUCGGCAAGCACAUCAAGGAGAGAAAGCAAUGUGUGCUUUAGGUGGAGCUAUGCAGUCGAGAUUCAAAUUAGAUGAGAAAAAAAAAAUUACCCAACUGUCCCUGAACACUUACACGUUAGGUUAACAUUUUUGGAUGGUGUUUCAAUGGAGAGUUGAUAUUUUGUCAUUUUAAAAUGACUAUUUUUGUACAGUUUUCCCAGAAUUAUAAACUCCCAAGUGGCUACCGUUAUUAUCAUUCUGUGAGCUUCACAGUAUAUAGUCCGUAACCUUUUUUUUUGCCUGUAUGUGUAAAUGUAACAUAUGGAGGAAUGUUUGUGACAAGGGUGACGUGGAUGUGAUGAUUCACAAUGUGCCGGGGUGGAUGAAUGCAAAUAUUUGGUUGACUUUAACGAAGGUGAGACAUUGUUGGUUCUGAGGUUGCAGUUGAAGCAGUUCUAAAAAGGAAAUUAAGAUUUUUCUCCAACAAGCAUGCACUGAGGGUUGCCACACAGAGCAUGAUAAAAGGGACCCAACACACUACAAUGUUAACUCGCGUAUCUGCCCCCGAACUUUGCAGAGACUACUGAGGAGAUGAAGAACCAAAGGAAAAUAAGAAUGUGGUUGAGAGUGUUUUGAAGACAGAUUUGUAAAACCAAAAUACAUUUCGAGAGUUUGGAGUUGCAGUUCAUUUGACAAACAGAUGAAUUUGUUCGUGUUUUUUUUUCUUACAGCAUUGCGAAUACCGGGACAAUACUAAACAAAUUAUAAGACUCUGAGUCAAGAGUUUUUUUUUCUCCCACAUAUGUUGGGAAAACAUGUAAUACCACAUCUCUGUGAAGUGUAUGGUAACAGAAAAAAAUGUUUUCUUGCUUUAAUGAUGGACCUUCUAUUAAAUUGUAUUAUUCAAUCACCUA